GAUGCGACUGCGGUUCCGAUCAGUCGCCUAGAUAUGACGUAGGCGGAAGCGCCCCCGCCUUCGCGUCCUGCUGAGUCGCCCGCUCGCCAGCUCCGCGUGUGCAAAACAACCAAAACAGGAGCAGCGUUGGCAAAAGAAGCUGUAACAGCAGUGGUGCUGAUUGAGAUUUCCCCCCAGCGGUGGUCUCCGCCAUGGGACCGGAGCGAGUUUUCCCACCUUGCGAGGACGACGACAAGAGUCCACGUGACGGAGAUGCGGUCGGGGGGGCGGCGUGGAGCGGGGGUGAGGAGGACCAGGAGGGGGAGGGGCCAACCCCACAGGAGGACGGGGGGGGCUACUCGUACCAGCCCCUCAGCCAGGACGGGGACGACUCUGGGGACGGGAACCUUCAGCACAGGAUGGAGGUGAUGGGUCUGCACCUCCCCGAGGCCCCGUCCCCCGACAGCGACGACGAGGACCCCGAGGGGGCGGCGGCCGAGAGAAGCCGCGCCUCCAUCCCCAUGGAUGCCGGACAGGACAGGACAGGACAGGACAAUGCUGCGGUUCACAAUGUCCGCCUUCCAGAGGAAUACGUCACUCUUUUGGAGCGUCCUCUGUCUUUUGCUGAACGAAAUCCAAUUGAGAACAUUUGGGGAUGGAUGGCAGAGGAAGUUUACAAAAGUGGACAUCACUUCCAGACAGCGGAUGCCCUCGGUGAAGCUUUCACUUGCAGCCUCCUGGAAACACUUCAACAAAUGUUACUGAAAAGUGAAGAAAGCUAACAACUUUUGUGCUAUUGUCUUAAACUGUUGAUCGGCCUAUUUCAGUUGAAUUGUUUGUCGUAAAUUUGCUGACUCAUUAAAAAAAAAUGGUCUCACAGCCAUUUCAUCUUUUUGCAUUAUGAAGCUCUACAUAGAAACUUUUCAAGAUAUCACAGUGCAAAAUGCCAAUUCUUGCAAUUUUUCAACCGGUCUUAAAAUUCGGAUCUCUGCUAUCAGAGGAGAGAGAGCAGCUGCGUCCAAAAUGGCUCCCUAACCACUAAGCUAGCGGUUCGGCCAUUUCGUAGUGGCGUCCCGAUGCCGAGGGAUCAUUAAAUUGAGCGCACUCAAAAUUUCCCACAAAGCGGCGAACAAACGAGUCGUGAUAUACCGCGAUGCACUGCGUCUUGAGAGAAAGAGCGGCGGGAGUUGAUGCGUCACAGACGGACGGAGUAAAUGUUUCGUAUCAACGAAGCUUCCGUUGUUGGCAUUCGUAUCGCGAUGUACAGGAACAAUCGUCACAUUUUCAUAAAGUGCCAUUUUUAUUUCUGUUUUUAGCCCUUCGCAACAGUCUCCAUUAACUCGGCUGCGACGUCAUUCACAGAGCGCCGUGUUCUGUUUGAAAGAGCUCACCGUAACGUGCGACCUUACGAGGGGAAGUGAGUGAAGGAUUUGGGACACGGCCAGCGAGUAUAUUUUGGCAGAAGGGUGAUGGAUGUGAGGGGGGAGGUAGGAUGACGCGCAACCCCUAACCGGAGGAAAAGAUUUCCCUCGAGCAUAAAAAAACAAACAAAACGCUUUUCUGACCACUUUGCCCACACACGAAUGACCUUUGGUGGCCGUCGGCGCAGAAUGGCAGCCGCGGGGCAGGGGUGGCUACACAAGUAACUUCCGACUGGAGUCAAAAAUAAAGCGUCUUUGCGUGCCUAGAAAAGCGCCGCUGUUGUUACUACUACUAUCACCGGAUAGUAGAUCCGAGAGCAGGCAAUGAGCAAAUGAUUCCCGACGCUGUCGUCGACUCAUUCCCCGACUCCCGAAAU